AUGCUGCUGCCGGCGCUUCUCGUGGCGGCGCUGCUGCCGGCGCGCCCCCGUGCGGAGCAGCCUCCCGCGGCCGACGGGGCGGCGCUGAGCUUCCCGCCCCUGGCGGACCCGCCGGCGCGCGAGGUCAGCCCCUUCUUCCUCUCCGUCACCAUCGAUGCCAACCUGGCGACCAGUCCCCGGUUCAUGGCCUUCCUGGGCUCUAAGAAACUGUCCACGUUAGCAAGAGGCUUAUCCCCUGGUUAUCUGAGAUUUGGUGGCACCAAAACAGACUACUUCAUCUUUGAUCCUGAAAAGGAACCAACAUGGGAGGAAAAGAUUUUUCAGGAUUUGCUAGCAAAACAAGAUUCUGCAAACAUCUGUGAAUUUGCGUUUACUCCUUUGGAUGUCCUGCAGCACUUGCAGUUCCUAUGGCCCUACCAGGAGAGGCUCAUUCUUUGGGAGGAGAACAAGCCGAUUCACAAAAACUACACCAUUACACGAAGCACACUGGAUAUUUUAUACCACUUUGCCCACUGUGCUAAUUUCCACCUGAUCUUUGGACUCAACGCCUUGCUGCGAAAAGGAAAUGGCCAAUGGGACAGCUCAAAUGCUCAGUUACUUUUGAAUUAUACUGACUCCCAGAAUUACUUCAUGUCCUGGGAACUUGGAAAUGAACCCAACAGCUUCAGGCAUAAGUCAGGCAUCUUUGUCAAUGGCUCCCAGUUAGGCCAGGAUUUCUUGCACCUCCGUCGCCUUCUGGACAAUUACACUCGCUACAGGAAUUCCAAACUCGUUGGCCCCGACAUAGGCCAGCCUCGGAAGAAACAGAAGCACAUUCCACUGAUGCUGAGGAGCUUUCUGAAAUCAGGAGGGAAAGCAAUUGAUUCCGUCACAUGGCAUCAUUACUAUUUAGAUGGACGAAAUGCUAGCAGGAAAGAUUUCCUGAAUCCGGAUGUGCUGGACACCUUCAUCACACUUGCAAAAGAAGAGCUCCAGAUUGUGGAUGACACCGUACCGGGGAAGAAAGUGUGGCUGGGAGAAACAAGCUCAGCCUAUUCGGGUGGCGUGCCUCACGUAUCCAAUUCGUAUCUUGCUGGUUUUCUGUGGCUGGACAAACUGGGACUGUCAGCCCAGCUGGGCAUCGAUGUGGUGAUGAGGCAGGUUUUACUGGGAGCAGGAAGCUACCAUCUGGUGGAUUCCAACAUCGAUCCUCUGCCAGAUUAUUGGCUCUCUCUGGUGUACAAGAAACUGGUGGGCACCAAAGUCCUACAAGUUAACAUUACAGGUGAAGACCCAAGGAAGUUGCGAGUGUAUCUGCAUUGUACAAAUGAGCACCACCCAAAGUACAGAGAUGGGGACCUCACCUUAUUUGCCUUAAACCUCUGCAACAGCACAAAACAUUUGCACUUGCCCCUUUCUUUAUCCAAGAAGCAGGUGGAUGAGUAUCUCUUGCUCCCUCAUGGAAAUAACAUACUUUCCAGGUCUGUUCAGCUGAAUGGUCACGUUCUCAAGAUGCUGGACGAUGAAACGCUGCCACCUCUUCAGGGGAGGCCUCUUCGUCCAGGAAGCAGGCUUGGGCUCCCAGCUUUCUCAUAUGGAUUUUAUGUCAUACAAAAUGCCAAAUCGAGGGCGUGCCUGUAGUAAAUCCAUGCACUUCUCCACUAUUGGCCUGAAAGUCAGAAUCUUAGCAGGCACUGAGUCUUUCACAUGCUCCAGCAACAAAGCAAGUCAGAAGCAAAGGGCCUUUCAUUUACUCAGCAUAUUUUGUUCUGUUUUUUGAAAAUUUAUUCCAACUCUCUCUAGCCUGAAAGAAUUACUUUAGCACUGUGUUUCACCCGUGGCUGUCCCAAAAACAAAAAUACUGCUGCAGGAAGGAUUCUGGUUAGCGGUACAAUGAAGAUGAAGUUAGGAAGCAUCUGAGCCAAUAAAUGGGGCAUUAGUUGAUUAUGAAAAUACUAAGGAAAAAUAAGCAGGCACUUGAGUCCAUAUUUAGAGAUAUCAGCGCAAAAUGAUCUAAGGGACAACAAAUGUCCGUGCAAAUUUCAGACACUACCGCAGAGCAGGAAAUAAGAACUAAUGAUGGAAGCAGAUGCUUUGUACUUCCUUUUACAGGAGGACGGUAAUGUUUUGAGCUGCAGUCUAAGUCCCAGCUGCUCUAGUUUGCAUGGCCAACGGAGGGGCUGUACUGGUUGUAACCUAAGCAUCCAAAGGGUCACAAUGCAUCCCUGUUUCACAGGCCUGUUGGGAGGCCUGAGUUCAACUAGUCUCAGGUGUUCUUGCAUUUUAAGGGACUCAGGUUCAGUCUCAGGUAUCUCUGCAGAGGGCUGAGAAACAGCAUGUUGCUGCCUGUUAAUAUAGAUGAGUCUUCCCCAACCUGGUACUUGCCAGAUGUGUUGGGACUGCAAAUCCCAUCAUUCCCUCCCAGCAUGGGCUGUACGGGUAAUACUGGACUAGGUCUGGAUAAUACUUUGCCUAGGCACCUUCUAGUGUUCCUUAUAUUUUGGUACAAAACCUGCCCAAAUGCAAUCUUUGAAAACCUCGUUUUAUUAUGCUUUCAUGCAGUUUUGUAUGUUUUGUUAUAUGCAUAUUUUGAAAUAAAGGAAUUCACAUGAUUUUUGCUCUUGCAAA